GUAAAAUAGUGGGUGAAAGGCACUAUGAGCCGAGCCUAUUUCAGCUCUCCUCUUCUUGGAUUUCACUGUUUCAGUCUCAGGGUUCCCUUAAACACCUCAGUUUUAUUUCAGAAACCCAGUAAUCUGCAAGAGGGUAAAUGGAGCUGAGAAAGAUGAAGCAAGUUUUUCUUGGAUUCAGUGUGUUUGUAUUUGUUGAAUUGAGCUCUGCAACUGUGGUCUACAAUCCACUGUCAAUGGCCUUCGAUGACCUGCCAGCCAAGUUUGCUGUUCCUCUUGAUGAGGCUGGUACCUGUGGAGCUUUGGUUAACGCAGACCCUUUGAAUGGCUGUUUGCCUCUACGGAAUGGGCACCGUUCAAAUGAAAUUGAUAAAGCAAGGUUUGCUUUGAUAGUUAGAGGGGAAUGUGCUUUCAAGGAUAAAAUACAGAAUGCACAAAAUGCUGGUUUUGGUGCUGCAAUUGUUUAUGAUAAUGUAGAUGGACGAGAAUUAGUUUACAUGAUGAUAGACCGUGAGAAUACUACAAUCCAUGCCGUGUUUGUUUCAAAAGCAACAGGUGAACUACUAAAGGAGCAUGCUCAUGAUGAAGAGGGAGAAUGCUGUCUCUUCCCUACUAAAACUGAAACAGCCUGGACUGUGCUAGCUAUAUCUUUUCUCUCAUUCAUGGUUAUAUUGGGUAUAUUAUUGAUAGCCAUAUUUGCUCCAAGACACUGGCUGUUCUCACAAGGACGAAACCAACUUCCUAAAAGUGUGGAUACCAAGGUGGUGGAAGCUCUGCCUUGCUUCACAUUCAAUUCAGCUCGUUUGGGUGAAUGCCACAGUGACGAAACUUGUGCUAUCUGCCUUGAGAAUUACAAAGAUGGGGAAAUUCUCAAAGUUCUUCCUUGUCAACAUGAAUUUCAUUCAAGCUGUGUGGACUUAUGGCUGACAAAAUGGGGGACAUGCUGCCCCGUGUGCAAGCAUGACACAAGAAAAAAAACUGUGAAUCCUGAGAUCAAGAGAAGGACCUGGUUGGAUAAUUCAUGAAUGUAUUUAGGAAUGUGAGGAUCUCAAGGUUACCUCCUGUUUAUUGUGGAUUUCCAUUUGAAUUCCACCGGAAUGUGUAUCAUUGAGUGAAGUGAAGAGAUUCUUGAUCAUAAGCAUUCCACAUUGUUGUAAAGAUGUCAGUAAUCAUUCGUGCCGACUAAGUGUCAAAAUUGAUCUAGGUCACUUGGAUAUGAAGCUUACUCUGUCAGUCAAGCAAAACUAAUGCACCACGAUAUGCCACCUUCGUGUGCAAGAUGUUCUGGAGUCUAACGGGCAAGCUUUAUGGAGCUGGAAUGUUUGAAGCUUAGGUGUUGUAUAUUAGUCAUGAGUGUGUUAGAGCAGAAUGCCCUUGUCAUUGUUAAUAGCUCACUUGAGUUGAUUGGAUUAACCCACUAAUUCUGGUAGAAAUGGCACUGUUGUAUAUGCAAGUCCAGAUGUACUAAAUAAUCAGUCCUAUUCAGCUUUGGUGUUAAUCUUGU